AUGAGAGCUCAACUUGAGAGGGCAGCUCAACUUGAGAGGACAGCUCAUCUAGAGAGGACAGCUCAUCUAGAGAGGACAGCUCAUCUAGAGAGGACAGCUCAUCUAGAGAGGACAGCUCAACAUCAGAGGACAGCUCAAUUUGAAGGAGAGAGGACAGCUCAACUUCAGAGGACAGCUCAAGUUGAGAGGACAGCUCAACUAGAGAGGACAGCACAACUUGAGAGGUCAGCUCAACUUGAGAGGACAGAUCAUCUAGAGAGGACAGCUCAUCUAGAGAGGACAGCUCAUCUAGAGAGGACAGCUCAUCUAGAGAGGACAGCUCAUCUAGAGAGGACAGCUCAUCUAGAGAGGACAGCUCAUCUAGAGAGGACAGCUCAUCUAGAGAGGACAGCUCGACAUCAGAGGACAGCUCAACAUCAGAGGACAGCUCAACUUGAAGGAGAGAGGGCAGCUCAACUUCAGAGGACAGCUCAAGUUGAGAGGACAGCUCAACUAGAGAGGACAGCACAACUAGAGAGGUCAGCUCAAGUUGAGAGGACAGCUCAAGUUGAGAGGACAGCUCAACUUGAGAGGACAGCUCAAGUUGAGAGGACAGCUCAACUUGAGAGGACAGCUCAACUUGAGAGGACAGCUCAACUUGAGAGGACAGCUCAACUUGAGAGGACAGCUCAUCUAGAGAGGACAGCUCAACAUCAGAGGACUGCUCAACUUGAAGGAGAGGUCAACAUAAGAGGACAUCUCAACUUGAGAGGACAGCUCAACAGGACAGCUCAACUUGAGAGGACAGCUCAACUUGAGACGACAGCUCAACUUGAGAGGACAGCUCAACUUGAGAGGACAGCUCAACUUGAGAGGACAGCUCAACUUGAGAGGACAGCUCAACUUGAGAGGACAGCUCAACUUGAGAGGACAGCUCAUCUAGAGAGGACAGCUCAUCUAGAGAGGAAAGCUCAACAUCAGAGGACAGCUCAACUUGAAGGAGAGGUCAACUUGAGAGGACAUCUCAACUUGAGAGGACAGCUUAACUUGAGAGGACAGCUCAACUUGAGAGGACAGCUCAACUUGAGAGGACAGCUCAACUUGAGAGGACAGCUCAACUUGAGAGGACAGCUCAUCUAG